AGAUAGAGCUCAAAAGGUUCAUUCAACUUCACCUGCGCCCCUUGCAUGUCUACUCUGGGAUUUUCACAUGUGACGCACAAAACAAAUUAACCACGACUGCUACUCCACAACAACAAAAACCUCCUAAUAAUAUUAACCAAGAGAUACCAGACAAAAGCCAUGCUUAGAGAUCUCUCCUUGGCGGGCAACAAUAGUUUCGCCGAAGAAGACGAAGAAAAUAGCAACAACCUCAUUCCAAUGGGUGCCCAUCCCACUGACGAUGUCUUGCACGUCGACCGUCUCGACGACAUCUUCGGCUCGGCGCCCUCCUCCCCGGCGCUCCGACCGUCAACGCCACCCACCGGCUUGGGAUCGCAACCUUCCGCGCGCGAUACCAUCAACCACAAUCGUGCCACCAACACAAGCUCCAAUGCAGGCGGCGGCGCAACAGCGGAGGCACCCUCGGACAUUCCGCGCCUCCGCAGCGUCCACGUGACGAGCGGAUAUCGCGAGGGCAUCGCCGUCAGCAAGGAGAAAUAUCUCCAGGAAGGCUUCGAUGAAGGGUAUAGUCUAGGCGGAGAGAUCGGGCGGGAAGCGGGACGUGUGAUUGGAGUUCUGGAGGGUUUGCUCCAUCGUCGUAGUUCGCAAGUUGAGGUGAUGAAGGAGAGUGCUGUCGGUGGCAAGGACGACGGUGGAGGUGCUGAUACCGAUGUUGUGGAACUGUUGCGAUCGGCCAGGGAGGAGUUGAGUCUCUCCCGCUUGUUUUCUCCCGAGUUUUUCGGCGAGGAUGGCGUUUGGGUAUUUCCUGUCGUCGGGGAGGAUACCGCGGAUGAGGGGCCGUUGCAGGUGACCUUUGCCGAUGUUGCGGUUGCGCAUCCGAUCGUUCGGAAAUGGAGGACGGUCGUCUCAGAGUUGCUUGCUCGUCGGGAAAUCGAGGUUUGAUUUUAUUCCGGGUGUUCUUUCUGAUACAGCACUGGCAUGUGAAAAAAUG